CCGCAGACACAAUUAGAGCGAUCGUUACAGUGCAGCAUAUUGGCCGGGGAGUUACAGCGCGAAUAAUUGGUGUUAAACAUCAGGUCAAAUUAGAAAAUUACGAUUUUAUCCUGUUUUAAUUGUAUAGAUUUCUUUUCGCUGCUGCGCGGGGAAGCAGCCGGAGCUUUGCGGGCGCUCCGUGUUUUCAAAGCCCGAAAUAGUCGCUGUCAGGAGGACUAGUGUUUUGUUGAUGUCAUCCGCGGCAGCAGUGCACUAGCGACCUUCAAUUUCUAGGGAAGACUGGGAUAAACAAAGACUGGAGUUUGGUUGUGUUUUUUAUUCUCUGCUUGGUUUUCACUGCAGCCGCUUUUCCGCAAUAAGAAUGGGACUUUUGUUGCCCUGUGUCGUGCUGUUAUCUCUUUCCACUUUGACAGCCGGGUUGGAUUUUCAGCAGGAUCCCCAGCCUUUCGGACAGUGUUUUGUGCGGAAUUCAAACACAUUGGGAAAAGCUGCGAAUAUCGUUAAGAGAUCCCUGCCUGCAUGGCUGGCGGCAUCACCAAAGCACAAGAUAAAACGAAGAAACGUCGACAAGGCCGAUUCCUGCGAGUCUCUUCAAGGAUUUGAGACCAAGUUAAACGCCAACACCCACAGUUAUAUCUUCAAUGACUUGAGUGGUUCAGUGUCGCUGGCCUGGGUUGGAGAUGGAACAGGGGUCAUCCUGGCUUUGACGACCUUUCAGGUGCCCUUCUUCAUGAUCCGGCUGGGACAGUCCAAACUCUACCGAAGCGAGAACUACGGGAAGUCUUUCCAGGAUGUGACUGACCUCAUCAACAACUUCAUCAGAUCAGAAUUCGGCAUUGCUAUCGGCCCCGAGAACUCUGGGAAAGUGAUCCUGACAUGUGACAUCUCUGGAAGUCUUGGGUCUCGCAUCUUCGUCUCAGAUGACUUUGGAAAGAGUUUCACCCACCAAGACCUGCCCUUCACCCCGCUGAUGCAGAUCUCCUACAACCCUGAGGACUCCAAUGCGCUCAUGGUCAUCAGUAACAAUAAUGAACUAUGGCUGUCUCAAGAUUUUGGCAGCAACUGGAAAAAGAUCCAUGACAUGGUGUGUGUGUACAAACAGGGAAGGAAAAGUACCAUCUUCUUUACAGCCAAUCUCAAUGGUUCCUGCAGUGACCGUGGAGUUCUUGAGCUGAGGAGGACAACAGACUACGGGAAGACUAUUAAGACUGUCGCCACUAAGAUCUACUCCUUCGGCCUGGGAGGACGCUUCCUCUUUGCCUCAGUAAUGACAGGCAAGGGAACGCUGAGGAUGAUCCAUGUUUCAGUCGACUCUGGGGACUCGUGGAAUAUGGCUCAGCUACCGGCUGUUGGUCACGAACAGUUUUACUCCAUCCUGGCAGCAAACAAUGACAUGGUCUUCAUGCACGUCGAUGAGCCAGGAGAUACAGGGUUUGGUACUGUUUAUGUAUCAGACGACCGUGGAACAGUGUAUUCCAAGUCCCUGGAGCGGCACCUCUACACCACCACAGGAGGUGACACAGACUUCACCAACGUCACCUCCAUGCGAGGAGUUUUCAUUACCAGCAUCCUGGCUGAAGAUAGUUCUGUGCAGUCUGUGGUGUCAUUUGACCAGGGAGGGGAAUGGGUUCCUCUGCAGAAACCUGCCAACAGCAAGUGUGACGCUACUGCCAAAGACCCCGAUAAGUGUAAUCUGCACAUCCACGGAGCCUACAGUAUCACCACUAGGCUCAACGUGCCCAUGCUGCCGCUGUCCGAACCAAACGCUGUGGGUCUGAUCUUAGCUCAUGGGAGUGUGGGUGACUCUAUUUCAGUGAUGAAGCCUGAUGUCUAUGUGUCUGAUGACGGAGGGUACACCUGGAUAAAAGCCCUCAAAGGACCCCAUCACUAUGCUAUUCUGGACUCUGGAGGCCUGCUGGUGGCUGUGGAGCACAGUCCGACUCAACCGAUCAAUGAGAUCAAAUUUUCUACUGAUGAAGGACAGUGUUGGCAUGUGCACAAAUUUGCCACAGAGGCCAUCUACUUUACUGGACUGGCCUCAGAACCGGGAGCUCGCUCCAUGAAUGUCAGUAUCUGGGGCUACAAAGACUCGAUGCUCAGCCAGUACUGGAUCUCCAUCACCAUCGACUUCAGGGAGCUCCUGACCAGAGACUGCCAGGAUGCGGACUACGUGCAGUGGUUGGCCCACUCCAAUGACAUCAGCGACCCCAAAGAUGGCUGCAUACUUGGCUACAAAGAGAAGUUCCUGCGUCUUAGAAAGGACGCCGUCUGCUGGAACGGACGGGAUUACGAGGUCAACACCCAGCCAACCCCCUGUGUCUGUACCCUGGACGACUUCCUGUGUGACUUUGGAUACUACCGUGAGGAGAACAGUUCAGUGUGUGUGGAGCAGCCAGACCUCAAAGGAAAAGUGCUGGAGUUCUGUCUGCACGGCAAAGAGGAGCAGCUGCAGACCAGUGGCUACAGGAAAAUCCCCGGAGAUAAAUGCGAGGGCGGAGAGACACCUCAGCGUAAAGAGAUCGACCUCAGUGUGCGAUGUGUGAGCGACCUGGUGGAGCCCGUGGUUGGUGAACACUCCAACUCGAUGCCUGUUGCGAUAAUGGUCAUCAUCAUCGUGAUGCUGCUGAGCGCUGCAGCGGGAGUCGUCUUCAUCAAGAAAUAUGUCUGUGGGGGCAGGUUUUUGGUUCACCGAUACUCUGUGCUGCAGCAGCACGUUGAAGACAACGGCGUGGAUGGAAUAGAUGAACUGGAGACCAACCACACUCAAAACGGCAAGAUAGAGUUUCACGAUGACUCAGACGAGUACGAACCGUGGCCUCAGCUACGAGACAAAGAGUCACCGCUGUCGUCUCUGAGGUGA